CUCUUCGAGAAUUUCUCUACAAUCAAAAUAUACCUAAAUCAUAAAUGUUUUUUCAAUUCAAAAAUUUUUCUAAUUUUUAAAAAUCUUUCCAUAUAUUUACAUUUUAUAAACUUGUCCAAAUAUCCAACAAAAAAUAACCAAUCCCUUGAGAGAAUAAUUUGUGGAAAAGAAAAUUGCAGCGGUUUUAGCUCUUUCCGCUUAUGUGGAAAUGGGUGGUGGUGGUUGUUAUUUUUAUAUAUUUUCUUUAUUGAUACUUUGGAGAAAAUUUUUGAAGUUUUUUUUGAAUUUAUGGGUGGUCAAACCAUCCAUUUUUAAACCUCUAAAUAACUCUUUUAAUUAUAUCCCUCUUUACAUUCGUUUUUCAAUACAAAACUCAUCCAUUUCCUUUAUUUGUUAAAGAAAUUUUUUUAACUUUUAAUGUAGAUUUUAAAUUAAUUUAAAAAAUGAAGUCAUCCACAGCUGGUCUCGAAAAACGAAAGCAAUCAGCUAAAAGUAUGUCUGCAAAAAGUGCUCCACCAAAAACAUCAACAGCAAGUAGUCAUGAAAUGGCCCCAUUUUUUUCAAUAUUUUAUCGAGGAAUUUCUUCAAAAAUUAAUAGAUCGGCUAGUAAGAUUGAUUUAGAUGGACAGAAUGAACAAAUUGGUGUUACAAGCAGAAAAUUUGUUUCGACUUCUUCUGCCGAUAAACCCCCAAUACCUUCAGCAUUAAAAGGAGCUAAAGGAAAUAAUGUUGCCGAUGCAGCAAUACAUAGAAGAGGUACUGCUCCAUCUAGUGGACGAUCUAAAUCUACUGUUGAAUUGGCUAAAGAAAAGGCAGCAGCCGAGGGGAAAACUUGGAGAGAGAAUGUUGAAUCGAGGUCACCAGUUAGUGUAAUUAAAAGUACUAUUGGUAUUAGUUCAGCACCAACAUCUCCACAACGCCAGAGACGAUGGCCAUUUAAUAUAAGGGGAUCCAAAGCUCAAUCUCAAGAACCAACACCAUUCCCAGUUUCACAACAACAAAAUGGGUUUCCUUCUAAUAAAGCCACAACAACAACAUCUUCACAACCAACAUUAUUAGAUAAUCAACAAUCAUCAGAAUUACCUCCUCCAGUCCCUAUUAGGCGAAAACAAGGGCAACAGGAAGAAUUGCCCCAAUCUUCACAAAUUCAACAACAACAACAACAACAAGAAGCAACUCCUUUUAUCACUCCAAAAACAUCUAACACAACAACAACAUUUACUACUCGUCCCCCUCCUCUUCCAAAAAUUUCCUUCGAUCGUCUUCCCCCACCUUCUUUACCUUUCGCUGAAAAACCCCCAUUAUCCCCUUCUAAUUCCUCACUUCCAAUGUCUUUUGUGCAAAGAAUUAAAUUACACAAAGGUGUUAGAACUGGUAAAUUACCUGUAGAUGCACUUAAACAACAAACACCUGGAUUUGAAACUGGAAGAGGAGAAAGAUUUUUCGCUUCAAGGAGAACAUCCAAAAAAGCAAUGCCUGGGGCGGGUAUUUAUAUGUCUGCUGAUGCAAUACACGAAUUACGUAGUGAUCCAGAUUAUAUAGUUGAGGCAUUAAUGGCUAUUGGGGAUGAACAACCUAAAGUUGCUAGAUCAACACCUAAACAUGCCUAUGUUUCUCAAGAUAUUAAAAGAGUAAAUGACAGAUUAUCUCGUAAUUGUAUUUAUAAAUCUGAUGUUUAUGAAAAAAUGGUAAAUGACUCUUUAUUGGUUUGUGAUAUGUUACAAGACCAUCUAGAUAAUGUUAUUAGUGGAGUUAGAGCUAAAUCGCCAACAGCUUUAUCCUCUCCUUUUACAACGCCCCCAGGAAGUCCAUUUAUGACUCGUUCAACUUCUUUACAUUUUCCUGGUUCUACAGCCCCAAUUAAUCGAGUAACUAUUUCUGUUAGUCCAAUGGCACAACAAGCAAUAAAUCAUCGUUUACCUUCACCCUCAAAAGGAAUUAAUAAUAUUUCUCGUUCUGUUUCUCCACAACAACAAAUUAUCUCUUCUAAUAACAAAAAUAUAUUAACAACAAAUUCAACUUCAUAUUCACUAAGUCCAUCUAAACAACAACCUCCACCUUUACUUCGAGUAACACAAGCCUCGUUUAGAGGAAGUAUACCUUCUCAAAAUAACCAUUUUCCUACUACAACUACAAGUAAUGGCCCAAGAAUUUCUGAAAAACAUUUACAUUUUGUUUGAAUGCAAAAAAACAUUUCUACGGGUAUUUUUGGUUGUUUUA